AUGUCCUCUGAUAGUUCAGAUGAAGAUUUAGCCCUAAUAAAAGAAGCACAAGAUCCUCAGUUUUUUAAAGAAAACCUAUACAGUUCAAUACAAGAAUCAAAAGAAAAAUUACAGCCUGUUGUAGAACUUGCAAGUCUACGUAAAACUGUAGACGAAAAUGAACAGUUCAACUUCCUUAAAGUAACUCCAGAAUUUCAAAAAUACGUAGCUAAACAACUAUCUUUCAUUUUGGAUAAACAGUUGGAAAAAAACAUUAAUUAUGCCGUCGAGGAUAAAGUUGAUAGAAAGAAAAAGAAGACUACUAGUGGCGUUAAGUUAUUUUAUAAUUCAGACAAGUUAUUGAAAGCGGGUAAAAGUGAGGAAUUGCCUAUUGAAAAACCAGUGAAGAAAUUCGCAGUGAAACGCAAUAUACUAGUGAAAGAAGAGGAUUUGAAGAGUAUAACAGUGUCUGGGGCGGAAAUUUUAUCACAAAAAGACAUUAAAUAUUGGUCGAACAGAACAAAAUCUAAAAAAUUAUUCAAUUACAAACAAGAUAAAAAUGGUACAUUACAGUUAGUUGAAUCGAAGUUUAUUUAUUAA